UCAAAGCAAGUUCACAUUCGUUUUAUUGCUUAAUAUGUUCCUUCCGAAAGUGACCCAACAGUCGGACUGUCCGGCACUUGAAUUGGCCGCAAGUUGGGUGUUGUCACGAAUCGGAGCUAAGCCCGAGUCGUUGAAUGAAGUACAUCGAUGCUUCGAACGAAAUUUUUGGCCAUUUCCGAAAACGCUACCGAUAAAGGAUAUAAACCGGGCCAGAGAACUGCGCGAGAAGGCGAACAAGUGCUACAAGAAACAACCGGCAGAACUGGAUGCAGCUUUGCGGCUAUACAAUGAAAGUAUUUGCUAUGCUCCUGAAGGGUCGGAAGAUCUAGGAUUGGGAUACGCUAACAGGUCAGCGGUAUAUUUCACCCAAAAACAGUACCGUAAGUGUUUUAACAAUAUCCAGCUAGCAAAGGCGAAUAACUAUCCAAGAAAUAAGAUGGACAAGCUGUUGCAGCGAGAAGAAAGGAGUCUCACAUUGCUACAGGACUGUUCGACUGAGAGGAAGCAGUCCCCUUUGCUGGAAGUUGAUUUCUGUGGAGUCGAAUCUGAUUUACAGUUUGUAUAUAACCCAGGCGGUGGCGGAGGAUAUAUUGCUAAGACUGAUCUGCAGGUGGGAACCGUGGUUCUGGCCGAAAGAGCAGCUGUACUGUCUAUCUUUCCUAAAUCGAUCUACUGCAAAUGUAGCCACUGUGGCAUUGCCAACGGCUUUGAUCUGAUUCCUUGCCAAAUCUGCUGUGACGUUAUGUACUGUUCGGAACAGUGCCGUACGAAUGCCUUUAACCAGUAUCAUCGGUUUGAGUGUGAGACCGUGCAAGAUAUGAAGGUUCUCUUUAAAGGGACCGGACUGAAGGAAAUGUUUCAGCUGUUAUUGCGCCUGUUUUGGAUGGCUGCCGGUAAACUGUUGGACGAUGCAGAAGAUUUUAGUCUGCAAUACAAAGAGAACUUGGAUCGCUAUCGGAAUCCGGUGGAAGUAGAAGUGAGCCAUUUAGCUUUUCACGUCUUAGCCACAGAGGAGUCGAUGUUGAAGGAAGCCCAACCAAACGACAUUAUAAUUCAGCAAUUUUUCAGUAUUCUGGUCUAUCACAUUCUUGUGGAAGAGAACGAUUCCUUCCAAAAUCAACGCAUUUCAUACAAGAAUAAAAGUUUGUUGAUGGAGAUCCUGUAUCGAUUGUUUACGCAUGUUCCACGUAUUUACGAUGAGCGUAUUGUUGGUGCGACGUGCUUCUACCCGUGUAUAAGAAUGGUUAAUCAUUCUUGUGUGCCGAAUGUGGAACAAUGUCAGCUCGGGCGACAAAGGGCGCUUUUGGUGAAACGCCCAAUCAAAGCUGGCGAGCGAAUGGUUCAAUGCUAUCUCUUCGAAUAUAAUACCAAUAGAAUGCCAAAGAAGGAGCGACAAACGAUGCUGCAGGAUAAAUACAGAAUCUUUUGCCAAUGUCUUGGUUGCAUCAUGGAUUAUCCACAAGUGAGUGCAAUGCAGGAGAACGUAGUGUUGAGGAGCGAGCUUGAAGCUAUCAGUGAAAUAAAAGGAGAAAAAAAUCUACGCGCUCUGGAAGAAUUUCUGCAGAAGUAUGAUAAUCAGUAUCCACUGAGAGCGUUAGCCAUUGCGUGGGAGAUGUACAGAGACAGGAGAGUUGCUGAACUAAACGCCCGAAUCCGUUCAACACUUUGAUGUCAUUUAUUUUCGCUAAGUAAUACCACCUCAUUUAAUCUUAAAGUAAAAAAACCUCACGAGCUUUCUGAAUUGAAAUAAUGUUUUGAACUAAGUCGAAAUUGGAAUUUUUAUAUUUAUCAGAAAGGAAUUUAUUGGCCAAAACUUUGUAAAUGCGCUUGGUGUUUAUAGUUGCCCCAAAUAAGAUCAAUUUAUUGGUGUAUAUUAGAUAAAAUUACAUUUCAUACCGCUAGAAUGUAGCGAGUACGGAUUGCACAGUACCAGCAUAUUAGGAGAGAAGAAUUCGAACUUCGCCUCCGACCUGAUUAAACUGCACUAAUGCUAUAAAU